AUGGUCACCAAACGCUCUCUCGGUACUCGUACCCUCAACCACAAGUACGUGCCGUAUCGUCUCCAGACACUAGAGCAGCGUAGAGAGACGUAUGCUAGAAUCAAAAAACGCUCCCGGAAUGUCUCCCCCGACCUCCCACCCCCCGACGCUUUGGGUCAAGGCCCUAUCACUCCUCCCCCACCACAACGACGGAGACGUCCUGCUCCCCCUCGCCCCACCCUCUCACCAGACACUAUGUCACCUCCAGCCUCCCCUCCUCCUCCCACUCCUCCCCGUCCCACGCCACCACCACAGCCGCCGCUACCACCUCAACCUCCGUCUCGGCCUGCCACCCCCGAUCUCCCGCCAAAUUUCUUGCGCCCUGAAAAUUUUCAGGCGCCCCGAGCGCCUGCUCCCCCGGCCGGUCAAGGUGCUCCUCCGGCCACUUUAGAUGAUGUAUUGAGAGCGGCCAGUGGCAUAAGGGCAGACCUCGUCAGCCUCGACAAUAGGGUCAUGGGGUUAGAACGAGCUGGGGGUAAUAUUUUGGGCCCAGGGGGGGUUCCCCGAAGGGGUCAAGUGGACCCUAUGGAGAUCGCCUCCUACGGAGGCGGUCGAGUGGACGACGACGACGACGUCAUCUUCCUCGACAGGUCAGUGUCACAACCCCGUCUGGCUUUCCGGAAAGACAGAGACGACUUCGACCGUCAGUUUGGUCGAAUGUACUCGGCUUUUCCCAACGCAGCAGCCUUUGCUAUUGGCUGGUUUGUGCGUAUGGAAUUCGAAAUGGCCGAUGUCGACGACCCCCAGGGAUUGGUCGACAUCGCUAGUGCUUUUAACUGGCAUUUCAAAUACUUGCUAUCGAACUCGUCAGUAUACACCUGGCAAAACGUCCUUCGAUAUCAUGUGGCUUUUGCCAUCGACAGAUUGCAGAAUGGUUUUGUCCCGGAGCAAUGGUAUAAGUGUCAUGACGAACAUCUCUUCCAUCGUGAAUGCUCCUCCCGAAAUUAUGCUUCCCUCGCAUCCGCCGCCGCGUCCUUCACUUCCUCCUCCUCCGGCCCCAGUAAACGAUCUCUUCCUUCCUCCUCCACCUCUGCGCUACCCGUCGUCCAUCGAGGCCAAAAGGUAAAAUCCACCGCCACCUCGGACCCGAGACGAAUGGGGAUUUCUUCUGGAGCACCGUGUAAACGGUUCGGGAUGGACCUGGAGUGUUAUAAGCCGCUGGAGUCGACUGCUGCCUGUACGAUUGGUACUGUCCCACAUGCCUUGAUGUUUCCAGUGCCAGUGUCUGCCCCUCACGUCUCGGCCAUCUCCCCCUUCUCUCUUAGGAUGCCAUUCCGCCCAUCACGAUAUCGCGCAUUCCCGCCUGGGACGUGCUCACUGAUUAACCGGCGUCUUCUGUCCCCUUCCUUGUACCGCCGUUUGGAAUUGUGUCCCACUGUGUACCCACUCCCUCCCGCUAGACCGAACACGUAUCUGUCUUUCCCCAUAUGGAGCGCGUUAGAUACCUUGGCCGCCCCCCCAGUUAUGUCGGCGAGCGGUGACAAACAUCUCCAAGCGGAGAUCGAUUCGCGUCUUGCCUUAGGUCUCAUUGCUCCCUGGAACCCAACCAUGCCCCCAUUUGUCUUCUCACCCAUUGGCACAGUUCCAAAACCUCAGAGUGAAAAACUCCGCACCAUUCACCAUCUCUCCUGGCCACGAAAUCGUCCCCUUCGCCCCUCCGUUAAUGAUGGUAUAGAUGGUGAUGCAGUCACCCUGCGGUAUGGCAGCCUUCAACCCGUUUUCGCUGCCCUCCGACAAGCCUCUACCUCAGGGAUCUCCAUGGAACUUUGGAAAACGGACCUAGCGGAUGCUUUUCGUCAUCCAGCCUACUUGGCUUCUCUUUCCAAGGUGUCGACUUUGUGGACUGUUGUCUUCCCUUCGGCUGUCGCUCCUCUCCGUUCCUUUUCAACCUGUUCUCAGAGGCCCUCCACUGGUGUCUGGAAUCGAAAGGGAUCCCGUGCACACACUACCUCGAUGAUUUCUUCGGGGUAUCCCCUGUGUCACGAACUACGUCGCGACACCUCGAUUACUCCACCAACAAUGACCCUCCUUUGGCCAUCAAAACCCCAUCACGCCUUAACCUCUUUACUCUACACGUAA